GAUCAAGGGAUGGAUGCACGAUGCUGAAUGCUAUCUCGUGUGUGAAAUUCAGGAUAUCGAUUAUGUAUUUUUAACUUGCCCCUUUUCCCCGUAUAUGUUAUGAGCUAACAGAAAUUUGUUAGUUUUUGCCAACACCCAACAGGUCGUUUUGAACAAUUUUGACGAAAGUAGUGAAGAAAUGUUCGUACGCAAGACGUUGUUCUAGUGAAAUUUACGUGCGCUUUUGUGGUGUUUUGGAUCAACUUGAUGGAAUAGCAGGAAAUCGAGAAAUAUCAAAUGUUAUCAGGAGAUAAUAGUAAUAUGACAGACAGAUGGAGAAACGUCAAACGCCAGGUAGCUAAGUCGAAGUAAUUUGUCUUAAGUUGCAAGAAUGUCGUCGGACUCGAAGGUGGGACUCGACAAGAAGGAGAGCAGCAGAGGAGUCAGAAUAGGAAAGAUACUCUCUGCUAGAGGAACAGGAACGGAAAGCAAGGAUAACUCAUCGCCGUCGUCAACAUUUUUGGGCAGAGAAGAUGUGAGCGACGAAAAGCGUUCCGGACGCCCGACAGACGAAAACGUUGAUGAGUUCUUGCCGCAGGGUAGAACGGUCAAUAGGAAAUAUUACCUUCAAGUAAUGCGCAAUUUACGAGAGGCAAUCCGCCAGAAAAGCCCGGAUUUGUGGAAGAACAUGUUAUUAUUAUUACUGUACUGA